AUGUCUGUUCUAAGUAAUUUAGCCAAAAAAUAUUAUGAUGAGGAAAAAUCCAAGGCUAUUGAUAAAUUUACAUUCAUAUUUUAAUCAGAGAAGGAUGAAGAUAUGGAUAUAAAAUAGCUUUAAACAGCUAAAGUUUAUCACAUAAUUGAUGAGCCAUAAUUUAAUGAAAAUGAUCAAAUGUAUUCAAAAGUUAAUUCAAGAUUGAAUUCAGGGCUCUAAAACACAAUAAAUAGCAUCAAAAGACAAAAGAAAUUUCUGUAAUUUAAUCAAAACUAACAGAUGAGUGAGUAGUAAAUAUAAAGGUAAAUACUUUUUGAGAAGAAAGGGAAGGAAAUUAAAGAAAACAUGAUCUAAUAGAAGAAAGAUAAAGUUAACAAAAUUAAAAAUUAAUCAGAGACAAUAUUCAAGUAAUAGGAAGAAAUAGCUAAAAAUGUCAUUGAUAUACAUAAAAAGGGUCAUUUAGUUUAUGUAGAUUAUGGAGAAUCCUAAGAGAAAGGACUCUAAGGGAUAAAAGAGUUCAAGUAAAGUCCAAAAUAAAGUGAUUUAGAAGCAAUUGCUUAUUCUGAUAUUAUAGCUAAGACUUAAAAAUUUCUAGACCAAGAAGAAGUGUAUAAAUAAAUUAAGAGAGACUUACAAUUUAAGUUUAAUAUUAAUGGAGAUAAAAAUGAUUCUUUAAGUGAAUAUUAUGAUCAAGUAGAUGAUCAAUAAUUGCUAAAUAAACGAAAUAAUUCUAAUGAGAUUUAAAAGAAAAAUUCUAUUUCCAAAAAAAUCAGAGAACUUGUUGAAGGAGACAUUGAUUUUCAAGUGACUAAAGAAUAGAAGAAAAAAUUGAACAAAGACUUGCUCAAAUACCUAAAAAGCGAGUCUGAAAAUCCUAAUAAUGAAAUUUAAAAUAAAAGUGGUGUUAGUACAACUCCUGAUAAAAAACUAAAGGAAUCUAGUGUUGAAAAAAUGAUAUCUAAGCCCUAAAAAAUAUUAAAAAACUCAUUAUCUGCUAUCUAAGGAAAAUUGAAAUAAGUAGUUUUAAUUGAUAAAGAAAAUAAUGUCAAGGAUUGUGCAGAAAAUCAAAAUAAAGAAUAAAAUUGUAAAAUGAAUGAUGAUCAGGAUAAUGUUUGCAAAACAGAAAUUGACGAAAGGCAGAGGAUGAAAGUUCCCCUCAGAGUCUCUCGCUCUUAAAUAUCAAACAGUUAAAAUAGAAAGCAAUUAGAAGAAGAAGAAUUGAUAAAUAAUUAGAUUCAAUAAAAUUAGUCUCAACCUAAUUAGUUAUCUAAAGAACUCUCAUAAAAAAGUAAAAAUCAGCAAAUUUAAAGUUAAAAAAACCAGAAUUUAGAAAAUGGUAGCUUGAAAAACUUAGUAAAUUAAAAGUCUAAAUUAUAAAACAAAAUAGAGUAACAAAAAAUAAAGUUUGGAGAGCUUUUAAAUCAAAUUCAAUUCAUAACAAACUAAAAGAAAAGCUCUAACAGCCCUGAUUAAUAACAAUAAUUGCAUCAAACUAAAAAAUAAUAAAUAAGUGCUACUGAUAUAAAUCUUCUCAACAAUGUAAAAAAAGUAAAUGAAAAUCAAAUAUCUGUUAACAUGGCUUAUCCUAACAAUAUUAGCUCAAAUAAUUCUAUGCACGGAGUUAAGCUGCCUCAGAUUGGAAGUAAUAGUAAAUAGAUCAAUAACUCCUCUCAAAUAAUUUAACAAAGCAACAGUAGCUAGCGUAGAUAGUUAAGUGGAUAAAGGAAUUUCUACAGUGUACAUAACAACAAUAACAGCAGCUUUUUAGAUUAAAACUAGUCUCAAUAACAAGUUAAUAAUUUUUAAAAUGAAAUAAAUAAUAAUGUAAUUAUAGGAAAUCAAAAAAAAGUUGAUGUUUCUGUUUCUAGUAGAUUGAAAAGAAGAAAUUCUGGUUUAAAGUAAAAUUCGAAUAAAAUUAAUAAAAAUUUCUCUGCGUUAGACUCAUCAAUAUAGUCUUUAGUGGAUGCUUCUUUCGUAAAAUUGAUAGAUGUUAAGUAAGUAAAAUCAGAAGGCAAUCCCAACAGAAAAAAUCGUUCUCAUAAAUCAUUACACACAAAUACCACAGCCAAUCAAACUAAUUUAACAAAUGAAGCAACAACUACUGAGUUAUUAUCAAAUUUCAAUUCAUAAAGUUUGAAUUAAAAUUCAGCAGAAUUGUAGUAAUAAAGUAAAUAGUCAUAAGCAAGUAGUCAUAUUUUGACUGAAAAUAAAAGAACCAAUAAAAAUAAAAUCUUAAGAGACAACUUUAAGAGUCACCAAAUAUAAAAUACUACUAAAAACACGAGAGAAUAAUUAAGAAUGAAUCACAGCAUAAGUCGUAUUGAGCCCUCUCCGAUUCUGUAAAACAGUACAACUCCAAUAACAAACAACGAUUUGGUUGGAAUGAGUUUUUUAAAUAUUUAAGAUAACACAACCAGUUUACAAGAGAAUUCGUAAUCGAUAAAAAAUUAAUUGAAUAAUUAAAGCAGCGAAAUAUUAAAAACAAAUCCUUCACAGUCUAUUUUAAAUUAAAGUCAGAAUGAAAAGAAAAGAGUGAGAUCAAAGACUCUUCAUGAUGCAGAAAUACUCUUAAAUAGAAUUAAAAAAAUGACUGCAAAUAACCAUGAGCUCUAAGAAUAAAUAGAAGACUAAAUAAAUAGUUUCAGUUUUAACAAAGUAAAGCAACGUCAAAUCCAAAUCCUCAAAACAUUCAAAGACUAAAAAGUGCCUGACAUUGUCAAAAAGAGGCUGCAUCACGACUUCAUCAACAUUCUAUCAAUGUGUUAGAGCUGA